AUGUGUCUCCGCGUCGUCUACGAGGAGGGACAACUUCCCGUCCUACAGCAAUUCAUCCGUGACAACCCAUUCGGCAUCCGCGACAACCCCCCGAUCUACUCAUCCAUCCAAUCUAGCCACAUCCCCUUCGUCCUCAAUGUACCUCUAUCGACUGCGGACGAUGACACAAUCCCGACCGACAUCCUGCGCGGACACAUGGCCAAGCAGAACCCAUAA